AUGCGGCGCGCUCAGACCCUCAGGAACUAUGGGAGGGGCUCCACCCAACUUGGAGCCGAUGAUCUCGGUAUGUUGAGAGAGGACGAAUCGGUGGAGGAUGUUCUCCGACGCCAGCUGCUCGAGAAGCAGAAGGAGUGCGACAAGCUUCAAUCCCAAGUACAGACGCUGCAGGCUCAGUUGGCUUCACGGCCACCUCUGGACGAAGUGCAAGCAUUGGAGAAGGAGUAUAAAAACCUAGAGCUCAUAUUGUUGGGGACGCAAAGAGAGAAUGAGCGCUCCAUGAGUGAGAUUGAAAGUCGGAAGGCGCGAGAGAAGCUGCUCGAGAAGGAGCUCGAGAGGGCCUAUGGGUCCAACUGGCAGGCCAACCUUGAGUUGGGGCCCUCCUCCGUCUCAGCGUCCUCCGCCUCCGCAAUCAUCGGAAGGGCCAAAGCAGCAGCCGCACCCCCGCCUUCCGCCCCAACCUCGGAAGCAGAUACAAACGCUACACGUGCAUAUCUUGAGCAAGUGCGACUCGCCAUUCUGGGCAUGGAACAACGUCUCCAGGCUCGGGAAGAUGUUCUUGCCAAGCACAUCGAGCGUGCUGAGACCGAGGGUGCUAGAUACGAAGAAGUCCGCCAGCAAUCUCUCGUCGCUACUUCCAACUAG